AUGCAGCCUCACUCUACACACCUUCAGAAGACAUUCGUUCAAUUGGAUAUCAUUGUCGUCGGGGCAGGCCUUGCAGGUCUCGCUGCAGCGGUGUCAAUCUCCCUCUCCGGUCACCGGGUGACGGUAAUUGAGUCAGCCAAAGAACUCCUCGAGAGGUGGGGGCUCCCUGACAGACUAUGGCUCAGUGCCGCCGAGCCUCGAGCUCUGAUCGUGCACCGAUACUCCGGUAAGGUGCUUGCAAGAGAGGAAAACUUCGAUAAGAAGAUCCGUAGCCAGUACAGUGCUCCGUUCAUCGAUCUACAUCGGGUUGAUUUGCAGCUCGCGCUAUACGAGAAAGCCAAAGAGCUAGGCGUUGGGUUCAAGCUUGGGGAGAAGGUUGUUAGUGUUGACUUCCACUUGCCCAGCGUGACAACCGAGUCUGGCUUCACAAUGAGGGGAGACCUCGUCGUCGCAGCAGACGGAUUAUGGUCACGAUGCCGCUCAAAUUUUCUUGGAGCUGACGAUAUGCCUCGAUCGACUGGGGAUUUGGCGUAUCGAGUCGUGCUAGACCUGCAUCAGCUUGAUGACCCUGAGCUUAGGUCUUGGGUCAAGAACCCGACCGUGCACUUUUGGAUCGGACCUGGGGCACAUGCUGUGGGCUAUUCAUUGCGCGAUGGGACGAUGUAUAACAUCGUUUUACUUGUCCCCGAUGAUCUUCCUCUAGGAGUCAGUCGACAGUCUGGCUCAGUCGAAGAAAUGCAGGCACUUUUCAAGGAUUGGGACCCCAUUCUUGGAAGAUUUUUGAGUGUGGUCGACCGGGUUGACAAGUGGAAGUUGAUGCAUAGGGAGGAACUUCCUUCCUGGGUCAACGAGAAGUCGAACUUUGUUUUCGUUGGCGAUGCCUGUCACCCAAUGCUACCGUAUCUAGCCCAGGGCGCCAACUCUGCUGUAGAGGAUGGUGCCGUUUUAGGUCUUAUCCUGGGUCACUUGAGAUCGAAAGACCAGUUACCCAAAGCUUUGAAGAUGUAUGAAGACUUGCGCAAAGCCCGGGGUGACGCUAUCGUCAAGGAAACCUUUAAGCAGCGAGAUUCCUUUCACAUGGCAGACGGUCCAGAUCAGGAAGCGCGAGACAAGAUCUUCCUAUCGCAGCUCGGCGAGUCACAGAUUCAAGGGCCCUUCCCUAGCAAAUGGACUUGUCCCCAAGUUCAGCCAUGGCUAUAUGGCUAUGAUGCUUUUGAGAUAGUGGAAAAGGCGGUUCUGAAGGAUCCGUUCAUGUUGGAUUAG